AUGAUAAUAAUUAAAUCGAAUGCAUCACUUCUUUAUAAUACAAAUGAUAAUUCAAAAACAGUCUUCGAUUGCUUUGAUUCGUAUAUAAUUGAUGACCGUAAUCCAAAAGAAAAUGUUUCGUUUCAAACAAAUUAUCUAAUACCUUAUUGUCGACGUCCAUUAUCAACUGAUCAUAUUAACAAAAUUCAAGGAUAUAUAGAAAAUACAUACACAUUUAAAAAUUUAAGUCUACAAGGAAUUACCAGUGAAAAUCUUCUUCAAUGGUCAAUAUCACUUGAUAUUAUUGAACAAUAUUCUAUAUAUCUCAUUAAAAAUGAUACCAAAUUCGAUGAAUUUAUUUUUAAUAAUUGUUCAUCAUUAUGGUUUGGUUCGAAUUGUCAAUAUACAUUUAAUUUAAGUAUGCCUAUCGAAUCAUUUGGGGAUUUUGUAAAUUAUUCAUUUAAUGCUCGUGAACAAUAUGAGAGGAAAAUAUUAAUACAUACUUGUUAUCCUCAUUUAUCUGGAUGUUAUCGUGGUCCUGAACCGAUGUGUUUAGAUUGGCGCGAAAUAUGUGAUGGAAAAAUUGAUUGUAUCGGAGAUAAUUUUGGUAUCGAUGAAGAAUAUUGUAAUGAACUUGAAAUAUAUGAAUGUAAAGAAGAUGAAUAUCGAUGUCAUAACGGAGCACAAUGUAUUCCACGUGAAUUCUUUCGCGAUGGUCGACCAAGUAAAGAUUGUUUGGAUGGAACAGAUGAAGCUGAAUAUUUUCGUGCGUCGGCAUCUUCGAACAUGGCACCAUUUUUAACAUGCAUCGAUUCAAUGCUAUUCCGUUGUGAAGAAACAACUUGUCGUGAACCACAAGAAUUUUCAUGUGGCGAUGGAAGUUGUUUUAUGUUUCACCCUAGUUUUAAUCUUAUUAAUUAUAAUCCAGAUGCUUGUGCAAGUACAGGUCGUGUUGCCUACUAUCGUCAAGCAAUUUAUAAAUCCGCCAAACGAUAUCCGAAUGAUUGUUAUCUUAUAUUAUUUUGUAAACUUGGUUUUUAUGACAUUCUUCAAAAUGAUACAUACAACAUAACAGAUUGUUCAUAUGAAAAUCUAUCAUCAAAAAAUUGUACAUUAGAAUAUCUUUCAUUUCCUCUUGAACCUAUUUUCAAUGGCUAUUUUCAACCUUUUUAUUCAACUCAAUAUUUUAACAAUCCUGAUUAUGAUAAAUGGCCAGCAUAUAUCUGUACUAAUCCACGAUUAUGUUUAUAUUUGCCAAAUGUAGUAAAGCAUAUGAAGGGUUUAGAUUGUCGUCCACAUCCAGGAUUUCUCAACCACGAUCAGAGUUUGUCAUCUCGUUUGAAAGAAGAUACUAAGAUUUGUGCAUUAAUGGGAAAUAUUAAUAAAUAUGAAUCAAAUUCAUCUUUAUUUUAUUGUAAAAAAUCUGAUAAAUAUAUAUCAAAACAUCGUCUCAUUGAUGGUAUUCUGGAUUGUUAUUAUGAUGAAGAUGAAAGUUAUACACAUAGUUGUUCAUUAAAUGAUACUCAACGUUUUAAUUGUACACCAGAAACAAAAUGUUUAUCACCUAUAGGUAUUGGAAUUGAUAAACCUCAAUGCGAAAAUGCCGAAGAUGAAAAAAUUGACAAUGAUGAAACAUUUAUAUAUACACGUCUUUGUAAUGAUAUACAUCAUUAUGAAGAAUUAUCACGAGAAGAUAAUGAAACCGAUGAAACCGAUUGUAAAUGGUGGCCUUGUAAUACUCCGUACACUCGAUGUGAUAAUUUUUUUCAAUGUGCUAAUGGUAUCGAUGAAUUGAAUUGUCCUAAUGUUAAUUGUAAUAUUAAUGAAUUUAAAUGUGAAAUUAUUAAUUCAACUAAUGAUUAUUAUUGUAUUCCUCAAGAAUAUAUUUAUGAAAAAUCAGUCGAUUGUAUUAAUCAUGAUUUUAGUGAUAAUAAUAAACUCUGGCGAACUAUAUUUUAUUCAAAUAAUUUAACUAUUAAUAUUAAUCAAGAAUAUAUAUCAUGGAAAGAAAAAACUUGUUUAACAAAAAAUGAUAUUUGUGAUGGUUCAUCGGCUAAUGAUCAACAAUUAAUAUGUAAUAUUGUUGAAAAAGAAAACAUUUGUAUUAAUUAUCCAUUCUCAGUAGAUUUGUAUAAUAAUGGAACAUUAUGUAACAUAGUAAAGAAUCAUUAUUUUCGUUACCCUAAAUUUUAUUAUUUUUCUACAUGGAAUUUGGGAUAUUUUCCAACAAUAAUAAAUGAAACAUCAUUAACAUCUCAACAAUUUAUUCAUAUUAAGCCAAAAAAACCUCUCGAAAUUAAUACGAGUAUUGAAUUAAUUGAAUAUUGUAAUCGUGGAAUUGUUAUAUUUGAAGGAAAAUCUUAUGAAAAGAAAUGUUUAUGUCCACCUAAUUAUUUUGGUGAUCGAUGUCAGUGGCAAAAUCAACGUGUCAGUUUAACACUUCAGAUACGUCCAGUUGGUUCACAUGAGUAUAAACUUUCUAUUUAUGACAUAUUUAUUUAUUUAAUUGAUGAUGAAAAUCAAAUAAUACAUAAUUAUGAAGUAAUAAAUUAUAUUUCAUCAAUAAAUUGUAAUACAAAAUACAAUCGUUAUUUACUUUAUCCUGAUCAACCAAAAAAUGUCAAUCAUACCUAUUCAAUACGUAUUGAUAUUUAUGAAAAAUUAGCAUCAUUAAAUUAUUAUGGAAGUAGAAGUUUAUCUAUUCCAUUUCCAUUUUUACCAGUUAAUCGUAUAUCAACACAAAUUCGUAUUCCAUCAGAAAAAUCUCAACCAUUAACAAAUUGUUCAAUUCAAUGUGGAAACCAUGGACAGUGUUUUAAUUAUAUUGAUACAACAAAUGAAUUUUGUCUUUGUAAUCAAGGUUAUUCAGGUCGUUUUUGUAAUAUAACAUAUCAACAUUCUUGUUCAUCUGGUUCAACUGCUUUAAAUACAUCAAUUUGUUUAUGUCCAUUAAAUAAAUUUGGUUCAAAAUGUUAUUUACAACAUAAAUAUUGUCAAUCGAACAAUAAUUCAUGUCAAAAUAAUGGUAAAUGUAUACCUUAUAAUUAUCAUACAAAUCAUGAUGAUUUUAUUUGUUUAUGUCCUGAAAAUUUUAUGGGAUCUUAUUGUGAAUAUCAAUCAAAUAGAAUCAAUAUUCACUUUAAAAUCGAUUCAAUCCCAUCAUUAAUUUUUGCUCAUUAUAUAAUUUCACAUCAUGAUAAAAAACAUGAACGAAUAACAAUGUUUAAAAAAAUUCCAUUUGAUCAGUAUUCCAUUGACUUAUUUUAUACAAUUCCAUUUAAUUUAUUAUUUAUUGAAUUUGAAAAGAAAUAUUAUCUUACUGUAUUAAGAGAAAAAUCUAUUCGAUUCGAAAAUAUUUCUACGAAUAUAAAUCAAGAUUAUAAAUGUGAAGAUAUUAAGAAAUUUUUAAAUUCAACAAUACUUAAUUAUAAAAAUCUUCGUCGAUUCAAAUAUUAUCAAUUACCAUGUAUAGAAAAUUUCAAAUUAAAAUGUUUUUACGAUGAUAAAUAUAUGUGUGUUUGUGAUAAAAAUCGAUAUUCAAAUUGUUUUGAUUUUGAUCAUGUGCCCUAUGGUUGUCAAGGUAAUAAUUAUUGUGAAAAUAAUGGCACAUGUUUCCAAAAUAAUAUAAUUUGUCCAUCAACUUCAGCAUGUAUAUGUCAGAAAUGUUAUUAUGGAAGUAAAUGUCAAUUUAAUAGCAUAGGUUUUAGUACAUCACUUGAUGUUAUAUUUGGAUAUCAUAUUAAACCAUUUAUUUCGUUUACAAAACAAUCCAAAGCAGUAAAAAUAACAGCAUCCAUAACAAUUCUUAUGUUAAUAUUUAGUAUUAUUAAUGGAGUGUUAUCUAUAUUAACUUUUAAAAAUAAAUCUUUACUUAAAGUAGGUUGUGGAAUAUAUUUAUUAACAAAUUCAAUUAUAUCAAUAUUAACAAUAACUAUAUUUACAAUAAAAUAUUUUCAACUUAUUAUUUUUCAAAUGAAAACUAUAACAAAUACAUCAUUUAUUCAUUUUAGUUGUAUAUUAACUGAUAUACUAUUAAAAAUUCUUCUUAGUUUUGGUGAUUGGUUAUAUGCAUGUGUAGCCAUUGAAAGAACAUUAGCUGCUACACAAGGAAUACAUUUUAAUCAGUCAAAAAGUAAAUAUAUAGCUAAAUAUGUUAUACCGAUAAUAUUAUUAUUAAUAAGUAUAUCUUAUAUUCAUGAUCCAAUAUCUCGUCGAAUAUUACAUGAUGAUGAUGAUGAACAAAGAACAUGGUGUAUUCUUGAAUAUUCAACAACUUUAAAAAAAUAUGAUAAAUUUAUAAAUUUAUUUCAUUUUUUAACACCAUUUAUAAUUAAUAUAUUAUCUGCUAUAUGUGUUACUAUUCAGGUAUUCCGAAUACGUUUAAAAACAAAGAAAAAAUCUGCAUAUAAAAAACUUCUUUAUACUCAAAUUCAACAAAAUAAACAUCUUCUUAUAUCACCAUGUAUUUUAAUAUUAUUAUCUAUUCCUCGUUUGAUUAUUUCAUUUUUAUCUGGAUGUAUGGAUUCAAUACGUAAUCCAUGGUUAUAUUUAAUUGGAUAUUAUAUUUCAUUUAUUCCACCAUUACUUAUUAUUAUAUUAUUUAUUUUACCUUCAAGAACAUACAAACAGGAAUUUAUUUCUAUUAUACAAAAAAUAAAUUUUUUCUCAAAAUAA